AGUUUAUUCAGUUGUGGCUGUGAACACAAAGCGGAGCCAUGUUCUGUUUGAAGAAUAUUUGUUAUUUUCAAAUAAUAUUAUGCGUAAUAGGCGCAUUUGGAUACCCUGCAUCAGAUCCAGAGACAAGCGAAGAAGAUAGUUGUAUACAGAUGACCACGGAUAAUGUAGAGAAAAUAAAUGAUUUAGUUGAUAAGAUUUCGUCUUUUAUAAACAAGAUUAGCACGAAAUACGAUGACAUCGAUUUGCGAUUGGUAGAAAUCGCUCUUGAUAAACAUUCAUUGGUUGAAAAUAAAAAGAGUACUACAGUACAUGUUACGAUAAGUGAUUGCUUUGAGGGUAUAAAGCGCACUGAAUACAUCGCACGAGAUUCUAAAUUUGAAAUUGAUGAUGACAACGAUUUGAAUGAUAGCAAACAAGAAACAAAUGAAUACAGCGACGCUGCUAAGUCAUUUGAUGAAGAAGAAUACAGCGCACGAGAUUCUAAAUUUGAAAAUAAUUAUGACAACGAUUUGAAUGAUAGCAAACAAGAAACAAAUGAAUACAGCGACGCUGCUAAGGCAUUUGAUGAAGAAGAAUACAGCGCACGAGAUUCUAAAUUUGAAAAUAAUUAUGACAACGAUUUGAAUGAUAGCAAACAAGAAACAAAUGAAUACAGCGACGCUGCUAAGGGAUUUGAUGAAGAAGAAUACAGCGCACGAGAUUCUAAAUUUGAAAAUAAUGAUGACAACGAUUUGAAUGAUAGCAAACAAGAAACAAAUGAAUACAGCGACGCUGCUAAGGGAUUUGAUGAAGAAGAAUACAGCGCACGAGAUUCUAAAUUUGAAAAUAAUUAUGACAACGAUUUGAAUGAUAGCAAACAAGAAACAAAUGAUUACAGCGACUCUGCUAAAGGAUUUGAUGAAGAAGGUAAUAUAAAUAAAUAUGAUUUUAAUUCUGACUCUGAUGAUACAGAAAAUAAUAAUGAUAAAGACAUAAUAAGCAAUGAUUUUAGUUCUUCAGAAGAUUUAAAAGCCAGAAAAAGUGAUGAUGACUUAACUGAUAUUAAUGAUUCUGAUAUAAAUGAGCGUAUUAACAACGAAAACUUCAGUAACGAUUCAAAAGAUACCGAUGAAUUCUGUAACGAAGAAUCUGAUCGUUAUUAUGGAAAUUCUAGAGAGAUUUUAGAUACUGAUGAUGAUUUAUUCGAUACGUUUGAUGAAACUAUGAACAGCCAAGAAUUUGAGAGCUGUGAAGUUGAAACUGAUAAUACAGCAAAAAAUAACACUGAAAUAAUUAAAUUCAUUAAUUUUAACGAAAUCAUCAACUCAGACAACUGUUUUAAGAAGAGAAAUAACACAAGCGAAGAAGUUUUGCUUCUAAACGAAGAUGAUAAAGUCUUUUUAAAGGAAAUAGAAAAGAUACGCGGUUCGAAGCCGUUCUUUUUAUAUCAGCGUUUCUUUAACAAUACUUUACAAUUUUGGUUCGUGUAA